AUGCCUCGAGGCAAAACCCCGCGGCGGUUGAAAAAAGCUUACUAUAGUAGAGACCGGUGCAAGCUAUUGCCGUCUCUGACUCCUCCCCGAUCUGCCCUCCCACGGGCCACAAGUUACAACGGUUCAAGGAACCAAGGAACCCAACGUUUGGUCUGUGACCUGGGAGGUAUCAUGGUGGCUCAAGAUGGCUCAUCAUGUACUAUCCGUCGACCGUCAGGACUAAGGAAUACUAUGCCAAGGGAACAGGAUGAUCCACACAGCCGUACCCCCACCACCUCAUGGAUGACGGCCGUCUUGCACCCUGGCACGCCUGUGUGUCUGGGUCUCCCCGACAAUUUAACAGCUGCGGGUCCUCCCAUCGCGCCUCCACCCUGCUGCAUCGUCCGUACCUACGCAGCGCUGUUAGUCGCAUCUGCACGCCUUUUUCCUGGAGCCAAGCCAAGCACGCACUUUCCAACGAGUCCCAGUCUUCCAGACUCUCACUCGUGGCGCUAA